GUCGGCCAUCAUUGUGAAAUUUGCAAUGCACCUAUCACUAUGGGGUGAAAAAAACCUUUAAAUGACAAGAUAUUAAAGAAAUAACAAGUUAAAAUGGUUACAGGUGACAACUCACAAGUUGUCCCAACAGAGAAUGUUUGUGUAGCAGAAGAACCUCGGAUUCUAUGUGUCAUCCGUGACAUGAUAGAUCCGAAUGCUGCUGGAAGUAAAAAGACGAUAAAUCUGCCAGCAUCAUCGUCUAUUGGAGAUGUGAUCGAUGAGAUAUCCAAAUCAACAAGAUACAUUGCCAGCAGUAUCAACAUAAAAUACAACAAACAAGUGGCAGCAGAAAUGGAAGAGAUAUCCUUGUAUACUUGUGCAAAUCAGAAGUUAUCAGAUAUUUGUAUGCUUGGAACAAGACGACAUGAAUUUACAGUGGUGGAGAAAGAGGACACGCUGCCACAAAAACUAUCAGAAAUUCCACCAGCUCCAGAUCCACCAAGUUAUGACAGUGUGGCAUCCACAUCUUCAUCCUACAUAUCUGGUUCCACAGCCACUAACGACACAGUCUCCACAUAUCCAGACUCUGGCUAUACAUAUGCCUCAAUCAUGUUAAAAUCAGAAACAGGUUAUGUUGGACUGGUCAAUCAAGCAAUGACAUGUUACCUCAACAGUUUGAUACAGACAUUGUAUAUGACACCAGAAUUCAGGAAUGCUUUAUAUCGAUGGGAGUUUGAUGGAUCAGAAGAUGAGGCUUUUAAAAGUAUACCAUACCAACUACAAAAACUUUUCUUACAGCUACAGACAAGUAAGAAGAGAGCAGUGGAGACCACAGAACUUACUAGAAGUUUUGGUUGGGAUAGUAGUGAAGUUUGGCAGCAACAUGAUGUCCAAGAACUAUGUCGGGUGAUGUUUGAUGCCCUAGAAUCGAAAUGGAGGAACACAGACCAGGCUAAUCUGAUUAAUCAUCUGUAUCAGGGCAAAAUGAAAGAUUAUGUCAAAUGUUUAGAGUGUAAAAAUGAAAGUGCUAGAGUGGAUGCGUAUUUAGACAUACCAUUGGUAAUUCGUCCAUUUGGAUCACAGACAGCUUACAGUUCUGUGAAAGAAGCAAUAGAUGCUUUUGUACAUCCUGAAAUACUGAAUGACACAAAUCAGUACUUUUGUGAGAAAUGUAAUAAGAAAUGUGAUGCCCAUAAGGGAUUUAAAUUUGAGACGUUCCCCUACCUCUUAACAUUGCAGCUGAAAAGAUUUGAUUUUGACUACAAUACAAUGCAUAGGAUUAAAUUAAAUGAAAGAAUGACAUUUCCAGAUAUAUUAGAUUUGAAUCAUUUAGUAGAAUCAACCCCAAAUUCCACAGAGUGUACAUCAGAGAAAGUUAUACCUGAUCCUGCGGAGGAUAGUAGUGAUGAAGGUAUAGAUGAAGGUAUUGAGGUAGAGAAUUGUGUGUCUGGAGCUUCAUCAGGAAGUGAUUCCUCUAGUCUACUCAACGAAGCUGCUGCUAAUUCCAGAAACGCACAGGAAAUGAAGAAGCAGGGUCCAUAUUUGUAUGAGUUGUUUUCCAUAAUGAUACAUUCGGGAAGUGCUGCUGGUGGCCAUUAUUACGCAUACAUUAAGUCUUUCAUUGAUGGACAGUGGUACAGCUUCAAUGACCAACAUGUCUCAAAAAUUACAUAUGAAGAAAUAACAAAAACCUACGGAGGAUCGACAGGUUCACGAGGUUAUUACUCAGCUACAUAUACAAGUUCAACAAAUGCUUACAUGUUAAUGUACAGACAAAUCGAUAAACAAAGAAAUGCAGAUUUUACACAGGCCGAUGGUUUUCCUGCUCAUAUCAAACAACAUUUACAAAAUAUGAAAGAUAAAGAGGAGUUUGAAAAAAGACAACGAGAACUGGACAAAUCAAUGUGCAAGAUUAAGCUUUUCUGUUAUCACCCACUGAAGAAAAGACAAAUAGAACAAAAGCUAGAGAUACACAAAGAUAAAACACUAACAGAAACUACAGAAAUUGCCUAUAAAAUGUUUGAUUUAGAAGACAUCCUUCCUUUGGACUGCUGUCGGAUCGUUAAGUAUGAUGAGUAUCAUGAUUCCUUAGAGUGUUCAUACGAGGGUCAAGAAGAACACACCAUGGGACAGAUUCUGGGAGGGGUCAAACAGGCGUAUAACUUUGACUUGUUAUUGGAAACCAAACAUUCAGAUCAAGAAUUCCAGGAAUACCGUCCAGGAGGUGUAACAGUGAAAGUCUAUGUGGCGGACAUAGAAAACGAUAUUCUCCAUGAUCCCAUCAGUGUUCGAGCCUAUCAGACUCAAACUGUUAAUGAAUUUAAGAAAAUAGUCUCAAAUAUGCUGAAGUGUCCGGUAGACCAAAUGAGAUGUGUUUUGGAGAGAUUCCAUAGUGAUUUGAGGUUUUUAGCUGUGCCAAAUAAAACUCUAAAAGCUGAAGGAUUCUUUAAAAGUAAUAAGGUUUACAUAGAAUUCUCCGGUUUAGAGGGUGUAGAAAGUGGACAAUUUCAAUGUAGCAGAUUUUAUAAACUGUUAGAUCGACAUCAAAAUACAAUACGUAUAUAUGUAAAUAUACCUUCUGUAGAUGAAGUUAAUGAAUAUAUGAAAUCUAGUUACCGUCACAAUAAACUUUUAGAAGAUAUGUGUUCUAGUGUAAAAUCUACACAAGACAGUAAUUCAUUAGACGUUGAUGAAGGAAUAAGUGAUAGAGGAAGUGAUAGUGAGUUGGACUCCAAAUUAAAAUCUGUGACGUUGAAUAAUUCACAUAGUGAUCCUUCUUUAGGACAGUGUACCAGUCCAACAGAGACUGGUUCCGAGGGACGGACAAGUAGCCCUGUUGGGCAAAGUUGUAGUAGUAGUCAGGAAACCAGUACUAGUGCUGAAUUUAGUCUAAAUACUAAUUGUAGUGCUGAAUCAGGGGGAGAUAAUUAUAAUGUUGAGGAUGUUAUACGAGAACCCGUUGAACACUGUGAUAGCGACUCUGAACAGACAGCACCCCCUUCUCCUGGUGACAGGGGGAUUAAUGAUAUGGAUACUCAUUCAAGUAAAGAAGGUAGUGAAAAUUGGGACAUGGAGAAUAAAAAUGAAAGUGAAAAUUUGGACACCAAUAAUAAAAAUGAAAGUGAAAAUUGGGACAAUGACGAAGUGACAAUAGUUCAUGAAGAACCAUUUAAACAUUAUUUUAGUAUGGUGAAUAAGGACGAGGAUAUUGUAACAAAACAAAGAUCUUUAACAAUCUUAGUAGAUAAGAGGAUAACACUUGGAGCUUUCAAGGCAGAGCUGGAACCUUUUAUUGGUACAGAUUCUGAAAACUUUAAGGUGUAUAGAGUUUACACAAAAAAUCAAGAAUUUGAAAGUAUCCGGCUGUCAGAAACCUUGUCUUUCUUUGAAGAUGGAAAACUAAAUAUUAAGUUAGGGAGAGCUUUAAAACAGGGAGAAUACAGAGUCAAAGUGUUCCAACUUGAUAUCAAUGAAGCAGAGCCUAGCAAGUUUCUUAUUGAUACAAUAUUUGCCAAAGGAAUGACAGUGUUAGAGUCAAAGAAACUGAUAAUUCCAGAGAUUAAGGAACAAUGUGGCCUUGACAUUCCUGUACAUAGAUGCCGAUUACGGAAGAAAACAUGGAAGAAUCCAGGUUCUAUUUACCUUGACAACCAAGUAUAUGAAGAUGAUGUACCUAUUUUUGCCAACUGGGAAAUAUUUUUACAGAAACUUGAUGAUGAAGAGCAGAUGAUAUCAUCAUCCCAGUUAGCCAUCUUUGUACGACAAUGGCACCCAGCAACAGUAGAACUAGAAAAUUUCAAGGAGAUAUUCUUAACCCAACAAACAGUCGAGGAACUCAAGUCAAAGAUUUCAGAAGUUAGUGAAAUUCCAGAAGAAAAUAUUGACUAUGCCAAGGGGCGUGGCAACUUUCCUUGUGAUGUCUCUCUACUGGAGAUGAAUACAGACUUAGACUGGAGUCCACAUGCCACAACUUUAAAUACAUGGCCUCUAUAUAUCUGUGAUGAUGGAAGUGUUCUGUUUUACAAGGAUAAAACAGAAAAGCCAAUGGAACUGUCAGAAGAACAGAAAAAAGAACUACAACAAAAAGAAAAUGCAAGGUUGAACAGAACUACUGCCAGGACGACAUACUCACCUAGGAAAGAAAAAGCUUUGAAGAUCUACACAGAUGACCAUCCGCCUAGCAGCAACAAUAAAACUUCCCCAGAUCUGGACUGAAAAGUGUUAAAACCGAUAAAUUUUUGACUGGUUUCUUAUUAAUUGUUUAAUUGGUUUAUUAAUAGAAUUAUAAUCUUCUUUAACUGAAAGAGUUUCAAACAGAUGUAAUUGACAGAAUUUCAUACUGGGUUUAGAUAAUGAAAUUAAUCUGAUAUAGAAAUGCACAAAAUAGAUCAAUAAUGGAGAGAUAAGAUAAAGUAUUUACUGUGGUAAUGUUUUUCUUGGUUGAAAAAAAUUCUUUGUUCAUGGAGUUCAGUGUUACAGUAAAUGGAUUAAGUGGUCAUUAAUGUUGUAAAUUGUAGCUGAUUUUAAAUUGUGAUAAAAGACUGGAAAAUUACUGUGGUUGAUGUCAAUUUAGGCAUCAAAGAAAAAUUUACCAAUCAUCAUAAACCAGAGAACAUUCAUCUAAUUUUAGCAAGACAUAGUUCAAAAAAUUGUGCAAUGUUGAAACAAAAAAUUUUCCAGGCAGAUUUAAUUUAAGGUGAAUUUGAUUUCAAGUCACAUGAAUCAAGUUGUUUCUAUUCAUUAAUAUUUAAGAUUUUGAUACCACUUAAUCUUCAAGAUAGUUGUUGAACAUAUAAUUGAUUUAUUCUGUAAAGCUAGUGGGCCAUCUUAAGUGAAGUAUGUUGUCUUGCAAUAGAAAAGAAAACAAGUGUGAGGUAGUUCCACCAAAAAAUUAUGCAUAACCAUGUCCUAAUGAUGUAAAGAUUAUUACAAUUGUAAAAAUAUCUUGUAUAAAGUUUUUAUUGUUAAGAAUGGAUUGUAAAAUCUUCCAUUUGUUAUUUUUAUUUUCACAGCUUUACAAACACAUUUUUGUUUGGAUGUGUACAGCUGCAAUAUCUUUAUUUUAUCAGUAAGGUUUAAAGGACUAUAAGUACUGCAUAUAAUGAGAAAAAAAUUCAAUUAAGCAAAUUAUGUAUGUCAAUUGAAAAAGUAUUAAGUACUCCAUAAUCAAGAGAGGUCAAAUAAAUUAUGCAAGCCUACACUAAAUACAUGCAGAAAAUAAAAAGAUAUGCCCAUCAUCACAUGUGCUUUCAAAGGAAAAGAGAGAAUUGCUUUUUAAUUGUUUAGUCUGAAUUUAUGAUAAUGUAUUCAAUGAUUCCAUUCUGAUUUGCAUAUAAACUUGAUUGGUCAAUAAGGUAAAACACACGGAUGAAAGUUAUUUUAAAAAUGUAUUCAUACUAUGUUUUGAAAUUGAAUUGACAAAUUUAAAGAAAACCUACAAAUAGGGAAGUUACAAAAAAAACUUAUAUUUAAAAAUAAACAAUGCUUACAAUUGUUAAAAAGUACACUAUAUACAAGUUGCAUUAUAAACAUUUUGGUUGCUAUGAGAUAUGAUAGUAAUGACUGCGAUGUUGUCUUUUUCAAACGUACCAUUUUUGUACUUUAAAGUUUAUCUGCUCUUCAAUUAACAAUAACUCUGAGCUUUCAAAACUUGUGGCAGAACUGGUCAACAAGAUCAGAAAAUUACUGAAAUAUUUUUCUAUUUUUUUCUGAAGGAGAAACUUUGUUUUAAUAAUUUUGUGGUAAUCCGUAAAUUAUUUAACAAAGAUUACACUGACACUUUUCAUCAAAUCUGUCUGCAUUUAUUUAGAUUUUAUUUAAGUCAGUUAAGUUCUCAAUUGACAUAUCUAUAAAAAAAAAUUGUUGAUAAUUCUGUGAAACUUUUUUUCCAUGUAAUAUUUUCAAUUGCUAAAUUAAAUCACAUAAGUGUAAACAGUAUUGGUAUUGUUGGGUUGUGUCUUUAGACGUUUCUUGAUAUUCAGAAAAUAUCAACCAAGAUUUUCAUUUGUUACAUUAUUAAUUAUAAUAUCUGUUUUGUUAAGGUAAUUUUAAGUUAUAAGGUGCUGUGGGGAAAAAUUAUUAAGAAUACUGAACUGUAAAUUAUUUCACAAUUGUAAAAAAGCCAAAUAUAAAUACAUGUUCUUGUUUUUUUCUUGGGAUUGUAUAUAUUACUACAUGUAUACAUCUAUCCAGUGUAGAAUAUAUCUACAUUGGCUGUUCAGAUUUCAAUGAUUUUGAAUAAAAAAUAUCUAUAAAAUGUA